CACAGCUGAUUCGGUCGGAUGGAGUGUUUUCUUCCAAGCCGUUCAUCAUCACCAUCACCGUGUUCCUGGAGCUGCAGCCAUUUCUGCUUAGCGGUGGAAGCCCAGCAGACCCACAGCUCCGCUACAAUGGCCCAGGCCGGCGCGUUGGAGGCCAGCGGCUCUCAGAUUCAGGUGGAACACGACAGGAAGCGUCGGCAGUUUGUCAUCAGACUGAACGGGUCCCAUGAUCGAGCGGUCCUCCUCUAUGAAUAUGUUGGGAAGAAGACGGUGGAUUUACAGCACACAGAAGUUCCAGAUGCUUACAGAGGGAGAGGAAUCGCCAAACACUUGGCCAAGGCAGCCAUGGACUUUGUGGUGGAGGAGGACCUGAAGGCUCAUCUGACCUGCUGGUACAUCCAGAAAUAUGUCAAGGAGAACCCUCAACCUAAGUACUUUGAACACAUCUAUCAAUGACCCCACAUGACACCAAAAAGACUCGAAGAUGGAGAUGGUGUGGCGGCAUGCUUUGGGUGGGAGUUCUUGUUUUUUUUUUUCAGGAUGCAAAGCAGCAUACCUCCCAAGGAUCAUUCCAAGCUAAACCAGGCGAAAGCUGAGUAUCUCAAAGCAGAACCGGACUUUCAGAUGGAGGCGGAGUUCUGAUGCUAAUCAUGGAGUAUGGACUUAAAAAGACAAAAGCCACCAAUGGUGGCAGCCGGAGCUUCCAGGACCUUUUCCCGCUGCUGACAUGAAGCAAAUGUUGGUUUCAUGUCAAUGUCAUCAUUUGAACACACCAAUCAGACCUUUUUAUGUUAUUUUUUCCUAGUAUUUGGAUGAAAAGCAGUUUAUAACAUUUUAAAAUAAUUUUACUUCUCAUUGUCUAACAAUAUUCCCCUUUCUCAGAAAACAUUUCAGUUGUGCAGCGUUCUGUUGCUGAAGGUUCUCUUAUGAAAAAGGCCUUCUAAAUAUGUGGCUAUGACGUUUUUUUCAUAAUCGCCAAAACCAUACAUUAGUGAUACAAAUAUUUUUAAUUCAUCAAUUUAUUCUAGUCUUAAUGAGUCCUAAAUUGAUACAUCUUCUGAUUAAAGGUGCUGUCUAUGUAAAGUGGAGCUUAAGCUUAUCUCCACCCUGAACGGGAUGCGAGAUAAACCCCAAGUUACAGGCAUUGCUACCUGUGCAAUUUAACCUUUCCGUAGGGUGUUCUAUAUAUGCUUAAAUUCAGCAUCAGUGACCGUGCAGAUUCAGGGCAUUUCUAUUGCUUAAGGUUUGUUAAUCCUCGCUCUCUUAUUCAGGGAAAUUUUCUUUUCUCUACCUGAAAAUAUACAGAGAAAUUGAACUUUUGCUGUAGACAAUCUCCAGUGUUGAGGAGACGAAUACCUCAGGCUAACUCCACACUCUCUACUAAUAACUGCAAUAACGACGCCCCUUUUAUACCUUUUGUUUUGGUGGCAUAAAGCUCUGAACCAGCCGAGGCAUUAUUUCUCUAUUUUAUGAGUUUCUUUGGGUGUUUUCUGUAAUAUUUGUCUUGUUUUGUUAAAACAAUGCCUGUCAAACGAAUAUGUCCCAGUGCUCCUGUUACACUGUUUUAUACUUGAUAUUGUUUUUUCUCUACUUGUUCUGAAUAAAUGACUCAUCGUCA